AUGUCUCCCCCGGCUGUGAUGAGAGCAUGGCAAUAUUCAAGCACCAAGGGCGGCCUCGAGAAGAACCUCCGCCUCAAUGAGUCUGCCCCAGUACCGCAACCGUCCCGCGAACAGCAUCUGGUGCAGGUGUUAGCCGCAUCACUCAACCCUGUCGACUACAAGGUCGCAGAAGUCAGGCUUUUUAGCCGCUUCGCUAUUCGCAAGCCAGCAACUCCCGGCAUCGAUGUCGCAGGCUAUCUUGUCACCCCCGCAGCCGGAUCGUCGUUGAAACCUGGCCAACUUGUCUUCGGGGCGUCAGGAACAACACCUUGGGCCGGAGGUGGCUUGGCCGAAUACGCCAUCUCGAAAGGGGAUCAACUGAUGGCCCUUCCGGACGGCAUAGACCCGAUAUCGGCAUCGACAGUUUCUGUGGCAGGAUUGACUGCUUACCAAUCCAUCGUCCCCUAUGUCAAGUCCGGAGACAGCGUCUUCAUCAACGGCGGCUCUGGCGGAACAGGGAUCUUCGGCAUCCAGAUUGCGAAAGCCGCGGGGUGCAACGUGACGACAACCUGUUCUAGCGGCAACGUCGAGCUCUGCAAAAGUCUCGGAGCGGACGCGGUCAUCGACUACAAGAAGCAGAAUGUGCUCGAGGCUCUGAAGGCCAGCGGGCACAAGUUUGACCAUGUCGUCGACAACGUCGCCUCCAACUUCGAGCUCUACUGGAAGUGCCACGAGUACACCCGGCCCGGGGCCCUGUUCAUAGUCGUCGGGGGGCAACUUUCUCGGGCCUUCAUCGUGGACGCGAUCCUGAGAAAAAUGUGGCCUGCCUUCCUCGGGGGCGGAAAGCGGAAGUCGGUCUCGUUUUUGACAAAGGCGAAACCAAAGGACCUGGAACAGAUUGCUGGCUGGAUGAAAGAAGGCAAGGUGAGAGCCGUGAUCGACGAGAAAUUCUCCUUCGACCAAGCUCCUAAGGCGUUUGAAAAACUCAAGACCGGUCACGCGAGAGGGAAGAUUGUGGUCGAGGUUUCCUCCUCGAAUGCCCUCCAAUGA